GAUUGGUGCAGCCGUUGUUAUGGUGCUGGAUUUUGGAGCUGGAGUGUUUAGUGAUGCGAUAGCUCGGACAUUGCAAACCUGUUCUCAGCACUUUGUUCAGAGCGUGCGAAAUGGCUGCGAAGAUCUCUGCCUAUAAAAAAACAUCUUUGAGUACAACAGUACAGAGGAAGAAACCUGGACCAAAACCAGAAAUUACUGAAGAACAAAAGCAGGAAAUACGAGAAGCAUUUGACCUGUUUGACACAGAUGGCGCUGGAUCUAUUGAUGUCAAAGAAUUAAAGGUUGCAAUGAGGGCUUUGGGAUUUGAACCGAAGAAAGAAGAAAUAAAGAAGAUGAUUGCAGAAAUUGAUAAGGAAGGCACUGGGAAGAUCGACUUUAAUGAAUUUUUGGCUGUCAUUACACAAAAGAUGACUGAGAAAGAUACAAAGGAGGAAAUUCUGAAAGCAUUUAGGCUGUUUGAUGAUGAUGAAACUGGACGAAUCUCAUUCAAAAAUCUGAAGCGUGUGGCAAAAGAACUUGGAGAAAACCUCACAGAUGAAGAGUUGCAGGUAUUUAGGAAUUUGAAAGAAAACCUGGUAGGGGAGUCUAAGACAAGGGGACAAGGAAAUGAUUGAUGAAGCAGACCGAGAUGGAGAUGGGGAAGUGAACGAACAAGAGUUUCUUCGAAUCAUGAAAAAGACAAGUUUGUAUUAAUGUACUGUUUAUGCAUGUCACUUGUGUUUCACUCUGUUGCUCUAUACACGCUUACUGAACAACGGGACAGUUGCUAAAGGCAACCGUAGCCUGAUGAUGUAUAUGGAAGAGAAUACUUAAUGACAUUCCACUGUGUACAAGAGAAGGAGACAGGUUAGUUAAGUAAAUUGUGUUUUACCUUCUCAGAGGUAAAUACUAAUAUUGACAAUUAUAUUUAUAGGACUGGGAUGUAAAAGUGAUAUUAAAAAUGUAUAUUUCAUUUUUAUUUGUAUCUGUUAUAAACAUGGCACCUUAAUA